AUGGCGGGGUCGCUUUCGCCUCCCGCCAUCGCCAUCGCCAUCCGCCUCGCCUCGCCUGUCCGUCGCUCGCGCACGCGCCCCUCUACCCCCGGCUUUACACCCGCCCUCCGCAUUAGCUCCCCCUCCUCCCGCCAUUCCCUUAGUCGUCCGUCCUUCACAAUCCGCCUGCUCGCGCCACGCGCAUCCCGCGCAUUCCCUCGCCCGCUCGCCGCUCUCCCCGCCCAUUCGGUCCCUUCCGCCACAUCUCCGCCCUCGACACCGCAAGCCCCGCGCGAAUGGCGGAAGCUGUGGGCGCAACUGGCGCGGAAGUGGGACAUGCGGGGGCGGCGGUGGCGGUGGGGCGUGCUGGACGGGUACUUGGCGCGCAGCAUGGCGCGCCCCUUCGCCGUGGCGGCGGGCGUGGCGGCGAGCGUGGGCGUGGCGCUGGGGUCGCUGGCGGAGGUGGCGCGCGUGGCGGCCAACACGGGCGCGCCGCUCCGCCUGGCGCUGCUGGUCGCGCUGCACCACCUCCCGCGCUUCCUCGCGCUCGCGCUCCCCCCCGCCUGCCUCGCCGCCUCCCUCUUCGCCUUCUCCCACCUCCUGGUGCGCCCCGUCCCCCCCCUUGCGCCCACAUCUGCGCCAUUCCCUUGCAUCUAUCCCUGCACCACUCCGCGUCCCCUCCCUUUGCAGCGUCGCCCGCAGGCACAGCACCACCAUGACCCCCUCGCACUCCUCCUCGCCCAUCUUCACCCCUCCUCUCCACACACCGCCAUUGCCUCUCCUCUCGCUGGCAGUGCAGGGGGGGCAGUGGCGGCAGCGGGCAAGGGGGGGGAGGGAGGGGGAGGGGGGGCGGGGCUGUGGCGGGUGUGGUAUGCGGGGGAGGUGGGGGGUGCUGCCAUGCGGCGUGUCAUGCUGCUGCACCUCGCACCUCAAGGGCACGUGCACGCAGUGGUGGCAGCGGAGCGGUGUGAGUGGCAGGCACACUCGCGCACAUGGCGCCUCCUCAACUGCUGCCUGCUGCCCCUCGCCACACACACCUGCCUGCCUCCCACCACACACACCAUGGCGCCACCAUCGCCCCAGCCACCUGCUGAACCGCUCUCCACCGCACCAGCCUCGCACAGCCCCACAGCAGCAGCGGCCUCCUUGUGUGUGCUGCAGCUGGAGUCACUAGACGUGCCACUGGCCUCUGCGCUGCCCUCCUCCUCCCCUCUCGCCUCCCACGCCGCCCUGCCGCCCGCCUCUCUCCCUCGCCGCCUCCUCACAGCGCGCAGCAGGCACCUGCGCGCCCAGCUGGCAUGGCUGCAGCGCCAGGCACCCCAGAAGGGGCCGAGGUGGGGAAGCAAGGAUGAGCGCGCGGUGGCGGAGCAGCGCAGGCGAGUGGGGGAGCAGAGGAGGAGGGUGGCGGAGGCGGAGAGUGCCUUGCUGCUGCGCGAUGCCUCCUGUGCCUCCUGCGUGGCGUAUGCUGUGCUGGGGGCGGUGGCAGUGAUGGUGACAGCGGCUCCUGCCAGCAAGCGGUUCAGCGGGAUGGGGGGACAGCACGCGGGCAGCAGAGGGGCGCCCUUCCAGCUGGCGCUGCCCCUCGCUGCCGCCUUCCACCUGCUCUCCACCGCCCUCGCUGCUGCUGGCCGUUCGGCCCUCCUACCCCCUCUCCUCGCUGCGUACCUGCCCCUCCUGCUCGUGCUGCUGCUGCCCCCGCUGCUGCUGGGCUCGCAGGGGGGCAACGAGGAGGCAGAGGCAGGGGUGAGGGUGAAGGAGCGAGGUGCAGAGGGAAUUGGCGAUGAGGAGGAGGCACUGUGA